AGCAGAGAGGAGGAGUCGCUCCGUCAACUGUUGGCCUCUCCAGUCUAAUCUGGAUUAGAGUUUCGUCCGGUCUGCAACCAGGACUCCCAAUAAUCACAUUAUUCUGUAUUGGGUUGACGCCUCCUGAAGCGGAAGGAAGGAGCGAUGUCAAACGGUGGCGUCGUUGCAGACGCGUUUAUCUUGACGCGGGACUGUUUGUUUUUGAUCAAAUCUAAGGGAGGGGAGAAUUUUUGCGGCGAAGAUUUUGUAACAUUUGAGUAAAGUUGAGUGAAUAUUUGCUUGCCUGCGGUCGGUGGACGGUGCGCAUCCUCGUGUGCAGCACAUCGCUCUGCAGCAUCCACAAUGAUCACUGCAGCCUGCAAUUGAAGCACAUUUCUGCUCAAACCUCUGCAACUGAUAACACGAGAGCAGCUGCUUAAAACAUGCCACAUCCAGCAUCCAACAUGACGGACUAUGAGCUACCCGAGGAGGAUUUAACAAGUCCACAUGCAGUUAAAGACUCGCGGUGCUAGUCGCACCAUGCUCCGUGUCUUCAGGGACUACAUUUAGUUGACCACACUCUCUCAGUAGCUCCUGGUUGACUUCCAUCAUGGAGGAGAGCAAGCUCAUCUUCAGCCUGGACGGCCACGAUGAAGGUCCCACUGUGGUGUUUUCCAAAGACAAACCACAGGACAGAGGGGUCCAGCCUGUUCUCAGUCUGGGGAUGGAUUUGGACCUGAGUCUAGGCCACAGCUCCCAGCCCUCCUUGCUGACUCACUCCCCCUCAUCCCCGGGCUCUUUAGCUGAUCUUUCAACAUCAUCGGCAGAUCUGCUCAUCACCACCAACCUCGUCAAAUCCUCCUCCACGGACCUGGAGCCGAGGGAAAACAGCUCCCUGCGAGGCAAACCUCUUCUUAGCCUGGUCAAGUCCCUGAGCACCGAGAUUUCCCGCCGGGUCGAGCCAGAGGUCAAUCUGUCCAAGUCAGACUCCAAGCUGCAUUUACAUCCUUGGAAGCAGCAUCCAAAAAUCCCAGAGGCCAGGCCUGAGGUAGGAGGGCUGAAUGAGAAUGAUGACUGGGAAUCACCUCCCACUGAGCCCCGGGGCAGCUCGCUGAUCGCAGAGCUGGAGGACACGCGAAGAAAGUUCUCGGAGGCCAUGCAGGAUCCGCUGAGCAUGCUGAGUAAGAUCAUGGGGGACGAAAGCCCCAAGCAGGGGAGGACUUCUGGCGCCGGAGACUCGCCGUCCUCCCAAGGCAGCUGUGGCAAAGACGGGGGCAGUGAAGAUGCAGACCUUAAAUGCCGGAGGAGAGCUGACGGUGAGCACAGAGGUGUGUGUGACACGCCUCUGAGAAGACUCCAAAAAGGCUCCUUAAGGAAAUCCUCGGCCUCCCCAGAGCGCAGUGACAACCAUUUAGAAAUCCGCACUUAUGGAGAUAUGAUUCAGGUGGUGGAGCUCCAGAAUGGAUCCAGAGGGACACAUCACAGAACUUACACCCAGUCUCGAGUCACGUUGCCGGGCUCAUCGCUGCCUCUUCACUGGCUCGUUCCUGUGGGUCUUCUAGCUUACGGUUUCUUCGUGUUGCCCCUGCCCUCCUACGUGACAGGUCUGUCCGUCGGGGUUGCGUGUGGCUUUUUGUUGGGCCUGGUGGUGGUGUUCAUGUUUGCCCCGCGACGUUCAUCUGCCAGAAGCAACAGGGGCGCUCUUUUUAGUAAAUCCAGACCCCUGAGCAUGGAUCUACUGGAUGGCGGGCUCACAGAUUCGGAAAUUGUCGAGGGCUGGAUGAACGAGACACACAGCUACGACCCCGAGACUUUCCACCCCUCCGUCACACACUCUGUCUAUGUCACCCUGGAGGACGGCCGGCUGCGCCUGGCAUACCCACGUGCCAACAUCCCCCGGUGGGCGGCGUUCAAUGAGACGCCCCACGAGGCCACGUUCUUGCGUUCACGCACUUACCAGCUGGCUAACUGUAAGGUGUCUCUGUUGCCGCCUGGUUUGGCUCGCAAGAGGAUCUGGAACAAGAAGUAUCCCAUCUGCGUCACUCUGGCUGACGGGGAGGUUGGGGAGGAGAUUUUGGUUGAAGGGCAGGAAGAGGAAGAAAGGACAGAGAAACACACCGUCCCAGACCACCAGCUUCCUGUCACGCUGUACCUGUUCGGCCGCACAGGAAGAGAGAAGGAGGAGUGGUUUCAGCACUUCCUGUCUGGCUCCAAGGCUGCAGCAAAGAGCAGUGUGAGCGGGGAGGAGAGUGCAGGUAAUGCAGAAACAUCAUGUGGUGGAGACGCUGCUAAAGAAAGCACAGAAGAGCUGCACGACUUGCCAGGAGCAACAAGAUCAAGAACGCUGCUGGAGUAUAGCACAUACAUGACUCAGAUCAUUGGCUCGCAGAGCUGCAAUCCCACCCCGAGCCCCUGCCAUAGUGACAAGGGAAGCCCCACAUCCCAGAAGAAGUGUCAAAAUGAAGAGCAUGCAUCUGGAAGUCAGGCUGGAGCUGAGUCCAGUGCAGGUUCAGGGGCAGAGGGACGCUCUGCAGAGGGCCAGCCCACCUGGGUGAACUCACUGGUGGGACGGAUCUUCUGGGACUUUCUGCGGGAGAAGUACUGGACCGAUCAGGUGGCGCACAAGAUCCAGAGGAAACUCAGCAAGAUCAAGUUGCCGUACUUCAUGAAUGAGCUGACUCUGGCAGAUCUGGACAUGGGCACUUGCCUACCCCAAGUCCUCAGCACCUCUACACCAACACUGGACCGCAGAGGCCUGUGGCUGGAGCUGGAGGUGGUGUACACAGGCUGCCUUCAGAUGACCCUGGAGACUAAGAUGAACCUGUGUAAACUGGGUAAAGAAGGAGAGGACGAGGCUCACAGCAUUUUAGAGACCCAGCAAGUGGGCUCGAAGCCCAGGCUGUGUAUACUGGCUGACAGUGACGAGGAGUCAUCCAGCGCAGGCUCGUCUGAUGAAGAGGAAGUCCCACUGUCUGAGACGCAGGGGCCUCCGGGAGAAAAGAGCACAGCGGUCGCAGCCGAAGGGCACACUGGUGGCAGCACAAGUAGGAAGAUCUUGAGAUUUGUGGACAAAAUCGCAAAGUCCAAAUACUUCCAGAAAGCCACGGAGAAUGAGUACAUCAAGAAGAAGAUAGCCGAGGUUUCCAACAUGCCUCUGAUGCUCAGCGUCGAGGUCCUGGAGCUUUCCGGCACUCUGGCCGUCAACAUCCCACCUCCCCCCACUGACAGGAUAUGGUACAGUUUCCGGGUCCCUCCCAGGUUAGACCUUCAUGUGCGACCGACGCUCGGAGAGAGGGAGGUCACCUUCACGCAUGUCACUGAGUGGAUUGAGAAAAAACUGCAGUGUGAAUUCCAGAAAGUGCUUGUGAUGCCCAAUAUGGACGAUCUCUAUUUGCCCUUGAUGGCCUCCGGGCUGGACAACCCACCUGCAUCCCACCAAUCCUCAAUCCACUCCUCAUCCCACCAGUCCUCCAUGGAGUCCCAGGACUACCUGUCGGAGUAAUUUCCCCUCUGAGGUCACAGCUGAGAUCAUAUCAGUGUAAAAAAAAAAGCCGUUGUGCACCUACUGCGGUGAAUCUCUGAUGGAUUCGGAGGCAGCUGAAGCUGAAGCAGGGUACCGGCUCAGUGUUCAUCCUGAGUGUUGGUUGUAACCAGUGCAGGAAGAAACCGCCUGAAGGCACGCUGCGACAGCGACCUCCCGGACUGUGAGAAUGGUGCUACAGUGUCCCCUACUGUGAAGAUGACUGUACUGUACACCAGUGAGAGCACAUUUAACACCAAAAGGGAACUUUUUUUUAUUUGAUGCCAGCAUGGAUAAAAAAAUGCAAAAACUGGAUGUUUUUACUGCACGUUAAAACAAGGUUUUUUGAUGACCUCUGUUUUAAAAGAAUCUUGAUGGAACGAAAUAACCAUCCGUUCAUUUUCUGAUCCUGUUACAACAUGAGAAAAACAUGGAGAUGAUUACGUUCAAUCAGUCUACCA